AUGACCACCAAUGUCAAUACAAAUCCAAUGUUACCUAUGCCAAUUACCUCCCUGGACAUAGACAAGAAAAAUAACACUCACAAUAAUUAUACACAAAAAAGACAUGUAAAUUAUUUACUCGAAAUAAAGAGAAACAAUAAAAAGAUACAAAAACCUUGCUCACAUAAAAAGGAGUCCCCAGAUGAAAACCAAAUAAACGAAGCACACACUCGACAUGUGCACAAUAACACUCCUCGAAAGUUGACUAAGGAACAGGGAGAAAGGACCGUCUGCACACUGAUCCACAUAAAUAAAGUGAAAAACUGUAAGGUAUGCCCCAUGGUUAUUCUAAAAAAGGAUCACGUAAAUGAAAAUUCACGGGGAGUCCACGCACGAACAACCUUCGGAAAAAGCGGCUGCAGUAGGACCGCGUCCAGUUUGCUAAAGAAUGCAACAAUGAAAAAGGGCCACGGCAAAAAGGGGGAACACAAAAGUGAGAUUCAUGCCACGCAUAAAUGCGGAACUCAAGCCGAAGGAAGAAAUGGCUACCUCAAUGAGAGAAAAACUGCGACGGCUGCCAUAGCGCACAUGAAAGCCCCCCCGGCAGACACACAUAUUCAGCCAUCGGCAAGGGGAGUUAUCCCCCCCUCAACUUGCACAAUUUUAAAAAGUAAAAUGAGGAAAAAUUCAUCAAAGGCAGGCCUAACCCUCCACUCUAAGGAAGAAAUAAAAGGGAAAAGCGAAUUCUAUAGGAAAUGCCAAAUUGGAAAGGAGAAAAGAUGCACAUUAUUACCUCACAAGGUCAGGAAAACACAAAAGGGUGAUACACAUGGUGGAUGCCGUAAUGAGGAAAAAAAUGGAACAGCCGGUAAAAGCGCAAUGAAGACAGAAGAAUGCCAAAUUUCAUCUCAAGAAGAAGUGAAAAAUGUAAAAAGUUGCACACUUAAGGGGGAAAAACACCAAUUUGGGUCAAAAAAAGGCACAGAAAAUGCGUUUAUUAAGAAUAUUGUAGGGGGAAAUAACACCAAAGAGGCAGCCGAAUUUGUGAGCAUAAAUGGGGAAGCACCUCCCAUUAAUAGCAUAAAGAGAUGUAAAGUCAGAACCAUUUUGUUGAAUAAAACGUGGCUGCAAGAAGGGGCUAUCACGAAGUUGGUGUCGCUCGAAGAGGAGGGGGAAAGAGGACAAUUCCGGUGUGGGGAGGACUCGGCCCAGAACCUAUCCAAUGAAAAUAAUCCUGAUGAAGAACAGCCCAUGGAGGAGCCAUCCCACUUCCCAACUUCAAAUAAAGAAACAGAACGGGAAAACCAAAAGGAGCAGUCGAAGGAACACCCACAUAGGUACAAAAUUAUAGCAGUGAAGAUGAAAAAGAAUAAGGAGCUGAAAAAAGAAUACAUAAUAACAAAACAAAUCGGGAAGGGGACGUUCGGAAAAGUCUGUCUGGGAAUUCACAUACACACACACGAAAUAGUGGCCAUAAAAAUUUUAAACAAAAAAAAGUUACAAAAAUUAAUCAGUUAUGAAAAAAUAAUGAAGGAAAUAAAAAUACAUGAACAGAUGGACCAUAAUCACAUAUGUAAAUUAUAUGAAGCAUAUGAAGAUGGAAAAAAUAUAUAUAUGAUAUUAGAGUAUGUUCCGAACGGAGAUUUAUUGACAUAUGUUUGUAAAAAAAAGAAAAGAAUAAAUGAAGACACAGCGAGGAGAAUCUUCUACCAGUUAAUCAGUGCAGUGAAUUAUUUACACAAAUUUAAUGUCGUCCAUAGGGAUUUAAAACCAGAAAAUAUUUUACUGGAUGACGAUGAAAAUAUAAAGUUAAUCGAUUUUGGUCUUUCCACUGUGUAUGAAAAAAAUAAUUUGUUAACAACAUCAUGUGGGUCCCCAUUUUAUACCUCCCCAGAAAUUUUACUGGGAAAUAAAUACCAUGGAGAAUUAACAGACGUGUGGUCCCUGGGUGUUAUCCUUUUUUUAUUACUAAAUCGCAAGCUGCCAUUUAAUCAUACCAAUUUGAAUGUACUCUUCCAGGAAAUUAUAAAAGGUCUACUCCAUUUCGAACCGCACAUUUCAGAAGGCGCAAAAAAUCUAAUUCGAAAUAUGCUGAAUGUAAAUUACCAGAAAAGGUAUUCCCUAAAGGAUGUAGAAACGCAUCCAUGGUUUAACACAUAUCAUAUGAAAAAAAAAAAUCUAACAAAUUUGCGUCAUGGCAACUGUGACUUAAUUUGCUGUAAUGUAUGUUUAUACAAAGUAAUCAUUCUGAGUAGUAGCCAGUGGAUGCGCUUAAUUUUAAAUAAAAUUGGCAAAAUAUAUGCCAUUGGAGUGGACAAAGUUUGUCGUGAAUUACGAGAAAAGGGAAAAAAUUCGAUCAAAACGAGUUUUUAUCUUUUGCUAAAUAAAACCAUUCGAAUGGUAUCCACAAAUAAUUCCUUAUGUUCCCAUCUUGUCUUAGUCACACAUACGUCUAUGCAUCCUGAAGGUGAGAACUGUCCACCCAUCCAUUAUGAAGCGCUCUCCUCUUCACAUGCGUUGGCCAGUACCUACACAUAG